UCGUUUUUUUUGACAGCUGCACGGGCUGCUGCAUGUGUAUGUGUGUGUGAAAAUAUUAAUUGAUACCUGGCGACGAUGCAGUGCCGUGUGAAAUACGUCAGAGCUGUUUGUUUUUAAAUUCACACGAUUUAAGAUCUGAUUUAACAAAAUUUGUGUUUUCGGCAUACACGAUUGCUGGGCUAGCCAAAAGGCGACGGGAAACGCACACACCGACAGCUUAAAAGCGGACGAAAAACGCACACACCCAUACAAAUGCCAUAAAUUGAAGUGUAUUUGUAAUAUUGUAUUGUUGGAAAGAAAGCAAGCAGCAUACGCAUACCGCAAAAAAAUACGAAGAGGAGGAAAAUAAGUUUUUGCCAGAGCUUCAGCUUCAGUUUCAGUUUUAGUUCGGUACAACGGCACGGUUUUCGAUUUAAACGCCCUCGCCUUGCCGCCGCCCGCCCACCAGCACCAGUAUCCUCCACCCAGCGCCCACCCCCGAUUUUUGAAACGGGAGCGGAGAGCGAGCGGGCCGAAAAUAUAUUUAUUUAUAUUUAUUGACAGCAAGCACGGUUAGCAAGAAUUUGUUUUCCAGCCCAGCGUUGCAAGCGAGAGAGAGCGAUAGUGGGAAGGAAGGAAGGAAGGAAAGAGAGAGGAUUUCCAAUUUCCCACUUGCCAUUUCAGCACCAUUCAAGUGCCGAGUAAAAUGGAAAUAGAAACAGACCAGUCUAUCGAAGCCAUGGACACCCAGGACACCCAAGAGGUUGAGAUCCUCACCAGUGACCUCCAGCAGCAGCAGCAGCAGCAGCAACUACAGACAGCGCAGCAGAAUUCGCCGCCACAGCUGCCCAAAUUCAAGAAUCUUAUCCAGCCACAACUGCACGCCGUCGGCGCAGUCACCCAGUUGCCCAGCGAGAACGGCAAUGUGCCGCCCCAGCAGCUGCUGGCCGACAGCAGCUCCACAUCGUUUGGCCAGGAGGCCGAGGCCAUGGGCAUGGACGAGGAGUCCAAGGAGGAUCAGUUCCGCUCGGAGACCACCUUCUCCUUCACCGUCGAGAAUGUGGGCCAACUGAAGUCGCAGAGGCUAUCGCCGCCCGUCUAUGUGCGCAUGCUGCCCUGGAAGAUCAUGGUCAUACCGAAUGACCGGGCGCUGGGCUUCUUCCUGCAGUGCAACGGGGAGAACGACUCGCCCACCUGGUCGUGCAAUGCCAUUGCCGAGCUGCGGUUGAAGUGCCACAAGCCGGAGGCACAGCCCUUCACCCGGGCCCGCAUCAAGCAUCUGUUCUACUCGAAGGAGAACGACUACGGCUACUCGAACUUCAUCACCUGGCAGGAGCUGCAGGAUGCCGAGAAGAGCUAUGUGCAUAAUAAUAGCAUCACCCUGGAGGUCCAUGUCAUUGCCGAUGCCCCGCACGGCGUUUUGUGGGACUCGAAGAAGCAUACCGGCUAUGUGGGUCUGAAGAAUCAGGGCGCCACCUGCUACAUGAACUCCCUGCUGCAGACACUGUACUUCACCAACUCCCUGCGGCUGUCCGUCUAUCGCAUACCCACGGAGGCGGAUGAUAGCACCAAGUCGGUGGGUCUGUCGCUGCAGCGGGUCUUCCACGAACUGCAGUUCGGCGACCGUCCCGUCGGCACCAAGAAGCUAACCAAGUCCUUUGGCUGGGAGACGCUCGACUCGUUCAUGCAGCACGACGUCCAGGAGUUUCUGCGCGUGCUCCUGGACAAGCUGGAGUCGAAGAUGAAGGGCACCACGUUGGAGGGCACCAUUCCGGGGCUGUUCGAGGGCAAGAUGUCGUCGUAUAUCAAGUGCAAGAACGUCGACUACAACAGCACGCGCUACGAGACGUUCUACGACAUUCAGCUGAAUAUCAAGGACAAGAAGAACAUCUACGAGUCCUUCCAGGAUUACGUGGCCUCCGAGACCCUGGAGGGCGACAACAAGUACGAUGCUGGUGUGCACGGCCUUCAGGAGGCCAGCAAGGGCGUCAUCUUCACAUCAUUCCCGCCCGUUCUGCAUCUCCAUCUGAUGCGUUUCCAGUACGAUCCCAUCACGGACAGCUCGAUCAAGUACAACGAUCGCUUCGAGUUCUACGAGCAGAUCAAUCUGGAUCGCUAUCUGGCCGAGAGCGAGAAAACGUCGGCGGACUACGUCCUGCACGCGGUGCUGGUUCACUCCGGCGACAACCACGGCGGCCACUACGUGGUCUUCAUCAAUCCCAAGGCCGACGGCCGUUGGUUCAAGUUCGACGACGACGUCGUCUCCAGUUGCCGCAAGCAGGAGGCCAUCGAACAGAACUACGGCGGCAUGGACGACGAGAUCUCGUUCCAUGCCAAGUGCAGCAACGCCUACAUGCUGGUCUACAUCCGCCAGUCGGAGCUGGAGCGUGUUUUGGGCGACAUACCGGAGAACGAGAUCUCGAGCGAUCUGGUGGAGCGGCUGGACCUGGAGAAGCGCAUCGAGAUGGCGCGCCGCAAGGAGCGCAGCGAGGCCAAUCUCUAUGUCUCCGUGCACGUGAUCCUCGAGGAGUACUUCGAGGACCAGCACAAGCGGCGGCUCUUCGAUCUGGAGAAGGCCCAUCCGCGGAUCUUCAGGAUCAAGCAAAAUCAGACCGUCGACGAGCUGGUCGACAUGUUUGUCAAGGGCUUCGGCGUGACGCGCGACCGGAUGCGCAUCUGGAACAUGUGCACCGCCCAGACGCAAAAGUUCUUGCACUUUGACUUCGAGGCGGAGGCGUCGCGCACCAUCGAGCAGAUACCGACGUCCCAGAAGCCCUGGGUCAUCUGGCUGGAGCUGGCCUGGCCGAAUGUGCCCGGUCCCCUGCCGUCGUUCAAUCCCAAAACCGAAGUCUUGCUGUUCCUCAAGUACUACGAUGCGCGGAACAAGCGGCUCAACUACAUCGGAUGCACCCAGCAGCCGCAUAGCCGCCGGCUGAGCGAUCUGGUGCCCGAGGUCAACCGGAAGCUGGGCUUCGAUCCGGAAACCGAGCUGACCAUCUACGACGAGUACGCCGACAAGAAGCUGGUCAAUCUGGGCGAGCCCAUUGAGAGCGUGCUCUUCAUACCGCAGGACCACCUGCAGGGCCACAUCCUCAUCUUCGAGCGCGAGAGCGUCGACGCCAAGCUGGACCUGCCCACGGUGGAGGACUACUUCCUCGAUCUCGUCUACCGCAUCGAGAUCAUCUUCAGCGACAAGUGCAACCCCAAUGAGCCGGACUUCACGCUGGAGCUGUCCAAUCGCUACAACUACGAGCAGCUCACCAACGCGGUGGCCGAGCGCCUGAACACCGAUCCCCAGAAGCUGCAGUUCUUCAUGUGCAUCAACAACUACAAGGAGACGGCGGGCAAUGCGGUGCCCUAUACGUUCAAGGGCACCAUCAAGGACCUGGUGUCGUACACCAAACAGAGCACGCCCAAGCGGAUCUUCUACCAGCGCCUCUCGCUCAGCAUCCACGAGCUGGACAACAAGAAGCAGUUCAAGUGCGUCUGGGUGAGCGGCGACCUGAAGGACGAGAAGGAGCUGGUGCUGUACCCGAACAAGAACGACACGGUGAAGGGCCUGCUGGAGGAGGCGGCCAAGAAGAUAACGUUCGCGGAGAACAGCCGCCGCAAGCUGCGCCUGAUGAAGGUCAGCAACCACAAGAUCGUGGCGGUCUGCAAGGACGACAUACCGCUGGACACGCUGCUGAAGACCAGCGAGUCGAUCACGACCACGCAGGGCGCCCAGAAGACUUAUCGCAUCGAGGAGGUGCCGGCGGAGGAGAUGCAGCUGGCGGAGAACGAGUUCCUCAUCCCAGUGGCGCACUUCAGCAAGGAGCUGUACAACUCGUUCGGCGUGCCCUUCCUCACCAAGGCGCGCCAGGGUGAGCCGUACGGCGCACUGAAGCAGCGCAUCCAGCGGCGCCUGAAUGUGCCCGACAAGGAGUGGGAGAACUACAAGUUCUCCGUCAUCACCAUGGGCCACAAUUCGGAUGUGAACGACAACACGCCCGUCGACCUGGAGGUCUAUCGCUCCUGGACCACCGGCCAGCUGCCCUUCUUCGGCCUGGAUCACAUCAACAAGUCGCGCAAGCGCAGCUCGCUCAACUUUUCCGAGAAGGCCAUCAAGAUUUACAACUAGGGGGUUUCGUUAGAGGAGCAGCAGCAGCAGCAGCAGAAGUCUGUUAUUUUUUUUGUUGUCGGAAAAGAAGGGGUCAAAGGAUUUAAGGAUCGCUCUCUCGCCGGCAGGCUAAGCUAAAUGUGGUUUCCCCAGGCUCAACAAGCUCAACGUGCGGACGAGAGAACGACCCCGGGAAGUAUUGUGAAAUGGAACAACGGCAAAAGGAAUGGAUGAUGGAUGAUUGGCGGCCAAAAGUCCACCCAAAUUGUAACAGUGAAGCAGCUCUCGACGUCGCAUUUCCACGCACCUUCGUUGGAGCCCCGAUCACACACACGGAAAAAAAAAAACAAAGAAGAACUUACCCCGCUUAAUUUAAAUACAAACUGUUUAUUUUUUUGUAAUCUAACCGCUAAGUCAAAUGUAGUUAUUUAUUAACCCAGCAGAA